AUGUAUAUCAACCUCACAUAAAAUAAUAAGUCUUGGUGGACUCACACAUCGCUUGUCCCAACAGAAACUUAAAAUAAAGUCUUCAAUUUAGUGAAUGGAUAAUCCAGUUUCUAGAAUAAGUCAACAUUACUUACCACUUAUUUGAGUUUGGAAGCCGUCAAUAGAAUAGGUCCAGCAAAGAAGUUAGCCAUAUAUUUUAAGGCUGGAAUUGUAGGUGCAGUAUUUUUAGGAACAAGAAUUGCAUCUGGAAGUUAUUAUGCAAAUAGCAUCAAAACAGAAAUAGGCAAAUUACUUGAUGGUGCUCCUGUUUGGGAAAAUAAGUUUGAUGUGCCAGAAUUAGAUAAAAAAUUCUUUUUUAUUGAUGAUGACAAUAAUUUUGAACCUUCCUUAUGGCACCAUGGCAUCAAUCAGAUCGAUAAGCCUAAACAAUUUUACAAAUUUGAAUGAGCAUUAAAAUACAUAUAUAUAAUUUAAUAAAAAAA